AUGGCGCAAAAUUACCCUUAUCCAGAGUAUAAGAAUAAGGUGGUGGAUUGUACCGUUGUCCCAGAUUUGACCAAGAUAUCAGGAAAGUCUGUGGUUAUCACUGGAGGUGCUGGUGGCAUGGGCGAAGAGGCUACACGAGCGUUUGCUAAUGCAGGAGCCUUCGUCACAUUUGGUGAUUUGAAUGAGGAAGCGGGGAAGCACUUAGAGGCUGAGUUGUAUCCUAACGCUCGCUUUGUCCGAUGUAAUGUAGUCGACUUCGAGUCCCAGAAGGCAAUGUUCAAAGCUGCAAUGGAACAUUCCCCGUCCAAAACCGUCGAUGUUGCCAUUGCAAAUGCUGGAAUCUCAAAAAGUGACCCAGUUUAUAAGGGGGAACUCAUAAAUGGAGAACCUCAGGCCCCUGACCUCGCAACUCUAGAUGUCAAUACAACAGGGGUUCUUUACACUUGUCAUCUAGCCCGGUUUUACUUCAUGAAACACGAACUUAUUACAGGACGUGACCGCUGUUUAAUUGUUCUUUCCAGUACCGCCGGUUAUGCAGAUGUCCCUGGCCGGCUCAUCUACAUGAUGUCCAAGUUUGCGGCUCGAGCGGUAAUGAGGUGUCUGCGUCGCAGUACAGCGUAUGACGGAAUUCGAGUCUGUACGUUAGCACCAUGGUUCGUGGAAACAAAGCUUGUGACUCCGGAGGUAAUGCAAGUGAUCAAGAGUAAAGGUGUUAAAUUUGCAAAUGCCGCUGAUGCAGCUGCUGCAAUGAUCCGCAUUGUCUCCGAUACUACCAUUAAUGGACGCUGUUUUACCAUAGUAAACCGCGAAGAGGCUGUUUUAGGAUAUUAUGAUAUGGAUGUAGACGACUUCCCAGAGGCUUCCAGAGCAGCCAAGCAGCAAUCUGAAUUUCUUGCUGUCUCUCAUGGGGCUUGA